AUGAUUGCAGUAAUAGACACGGGAUAUCUGAUAGAGAGGCUGCUUCCAACAGAAGGCCUGAUUAGGGGAUAUGUUACAGAUUCUGUUAUAAACGAGCUCAAGACUGCAGAGUCUAGAGCAUAUCUUGAGUUUCUUUCUUUCAUGAUAGAGGUAAGGAAUCCUUCGGAGGAGUAUGUUACUAAGGUCAAGAACGACCUAAGGAAGGAGGUGAACAAUCUAAGCGACACAGACAUUGACGUUGUGGCAUUGACACUAGAGUUGAAGGAUGAAGUCACCGAAAUGUGGCUUGGGCCUGAAAGCCCUGAGCAAGAGGAGGUUAUUUGCUUUACAAACGACAACGGGAUAAAAAAUGUCUUGUCUCGCUACAGUUCAUAUGACGACCCUGAGUUUUCGGCUAGGAAAUAUAAGACCAGAUGCUAUGGAUGCUUUAGUCUUUUCUCCGAGAACUUGGACUUCUGUAAGAAAUGUGGACUUCGGACGUUGACAAGAAUAACGGUUGCAGAUACAAAGAAUGGCGAGAUGAUGUUUUUCAAGAAAGGAUAUCAAUACAGGAAGCCAAGAACGCUGAAGAAUACUCGGGGUGUUGAGCUCCGUAGUGCUGACCAAAGAGAAUACAUCCAACACCAAAAGGUGAUGAGAAGUAGAAUGAACAGAAAUCGUAAGGAAAUAGAUUUCUAA